ACUUUCAAUAUGCGUUUUCUAUUAGUUUCGGCCUGCUUGGUGGCCAUCUGCGCCGCGGGCACAUUGCCCAAGCAACAGCCAAAUCCGCUCGAGCAGCGUCUGCUGCAGUUCGCCAAUGAGAAUGGCGAGAUUGAGCUUUUCGCGGAACCCGUGCAGGGUGUUGAGGUUGAACCAAGUUUUGUGGUCUCCUGGCAGGUGCGUCGCAUGAUCCGCAAACUGCAGAAGCAAAUGCCCUGCGGCUGGCCCGAUCUGGGCAUUCCUCCAUUGGCGCCGAUUCGCGUUAGCGAGGCUGACCUGAAUCUGAAACGCGGCAUCUUCGAGACGAUUACUCAUGUGUUCCGUCUUAAGAUCGCCGGUCUGGAUGACUUCAAGAUCAACAAAUUCAAAUUGAAUAUCAUCACUUCGAAGAUCACCUUCGAUUUCCUGUUCAGUAACAUUGAUACGACCGUCCAGAAGUACGAUACUGACACUUUGAUCGAUGCAAUGCGUCAGUUGGGCUUGUCCGUGGAGUAUGAGGGCGACGGCUCGGUGCUCUUCGAUCUGAUUAAUUUGCGUGUCAGCGGAACCUUGAAAUACAAGCUGCCAGUCCUGUGGGGAUCUGCUAAGAUUCUAUCUCUGAAGACCAACAUCGAGCUGGAAGCUGUGGAUUCGGACAUUAGCGGCUUCAUGGGCAAUGGCAAGAUCAAUCGUGCCGUCAAUCGCCAGAUUGAGAAUCUGCUGGUCAAGGGCAUCAAUGAAAAUCAGCAGGCCAUUUCCGAUACCAUUGAGGAUACGUUGGUGCCCCGCGUCAACAAAGUACUCAAGGGCAACGAUUUCUGGACCCUGGUCGAUUUGAUUCUCUCCAGCAGCGAUAACGAGAAUGAGGAUGAUCCAAUUGUUGUUGAUUGUGUGCCACCAGCAGAUCCCUGGGCUUAAAUCACAGACAUACUAGCAUAUCACAAUUCAAUUGCUCAAUAAAGCUUAAAAAGCUCUCUUGCUA